GUCUGGAGCUGAGUCUGCAGGAGCUUUACGGGCACCGGGUGAUGAUGUAACGGGGCGUCGCGGGGCCUGACAGCGGAAAACCCGGUACCGGGAAGCCGCAGCCAUGAACCUGCUGCCCUCAAACCCCCACGGGAACGGCCUGCUUUACUCCGGGUUCAACCAGGACCAUGGAUGCUUUGCAUGCGGCAUGGAGAAUGGAUUUCGAGUUUAUAAUACAGAUCCCUUGAAAGAAAAAGAAAAGCAGGAAUUCCUAGAAGGAGGCGUCAGCUAUGUGGAAAUGUUGUUUCGUUGCAAUUACCUGGCAUUAGUGGGAGGAGGGAAGAAGCCCAAAUACCCACCCAACAAAGUGAUGAUUUGGGAUGAUCUGAAGAAGAAAACAGUCAUUGAAAUAGAAUUUUCCACCGAAGUGAAGGCCGUUAAGCUGCGCCGAGACAGGAUUGUGGUGGUGCUGGAUUCAAUGAUUAAAGUGUUCACCUUCACACACAAUCCCCAUCAGCUUCAUGUCUUUGAGACCUGCUACAACCCUAAAGGUCUCUGUGUCCUGUGUCCAAACAGCAACAAUUCCCUCCUGGCAUUUCCUGGGGCUCACACUGGGCACGUGCAGAUUGUUGAUCUUGCCAGUACAGAGAAGCCACCUGUAGAUAUACCAGCUCAUGAGGGGAUCCUAAGCUGUAUCGCACUCAACUUACAAGGGACCAGAAUCGCGACAGCAUCGGAGAAGGGAACUCUCAUAAGAAUAUUUGAUACCUCAUCGGGACAUUUGAUUCAGGAGCUGCGGAGAGGAUCACAAGCUGCAAAUAUUUAUUGUAUCAACUUCAAUGAAGACGCAUCCCUGAUCUGUGUGUCCAGUGACCAUGGGACCGUACACAUAUUUGCAGCCGAGGAUCCAAAGAGAAACAAACAGUCAAGUUUGGCCUCCGCCAGCUUUCUCCCCAAGUAUUUCAGCUCAAAGUGGAGCUUUUCUAAAUUUCAGGUUCCCUCCGGGUCACCUUGUAUUUGUGCCUUUGGAACAGAACCCAAUUCAGUCAUAGCCAUAUGUGCAGACGGCAGUUACUACAAAUUCCAGUUCAAUCCGAAGGGUGAGUGCACGCGGGACGUCUAUGCCCAGUUUUUGGAAAUGACCGAUGACAAACUUUGACCCUCCCACGGAGAUGAUGUAUAUCUAAUCAGAAUUUUUGCUGAAGAAUAAUCUUAAAGACAGCCUGGAGCGUACAAUAACCUUUGUACAAGUUUGGACUGGAUACUCCCAUCAAGGCUUUUUAUGUUACAGCAUUUUAGUAUUAAAAUUAAAUCAUUGUUAUAAAAACGUGCGUUUUUAACGUUCUGAUUUUUGGAGACAACGUGCAGUUACCCUCAUGGUCGGUGAAGAGGACGUUUAUAUAUAAUCACUGCCACUAAUAAGUCUUCUUGAUCCAUGGAGCCACUGAAGCAGAAGCUGUAUAGGCUCUGAAUUAAACGACAAAACGAUAAGCGUUGCUCUGUAAAGCCAUAUCUGGCAUCUCAUUACAGGAUCCCCCUUGGAACCCUUAGACGAUUAAUUAUAGGAGGUAUUGCUAUUUUUUUCAGUAACUAAGACACUAAUCUGGUGAGUCUUUUCCCAGAGAAAGGGAUCUAAUAUGUGAGCAGCACUGAGAUUAGAAUAGUGAUAUUAUAUUGGAGUGUUUUUAAAUCAGUUUGCUCAGUGAUUAAAAGGAGGACUUAGUUACAUGUAGAUCACUGCAUGUUGCUUUGCAUAUAAAUCCUCCGUUCUGUUUGUUUGCACACUUUGUAAAUAUGUUAUGGCUUUUUAAUAAAAAUGUGACCAAA